AUGGGCCACGUAUCAGCAUUAUGUGGAGCAUCCUUGUCUAUUGUUCCUAUAUUUAGUAUUCUGAUUGGAGUACCAACUAAAUCAUUAUAUUUGGGUAUUACAAAAUAUAAUGAAUGUCCAUUGGAGCCUCUUCUUCCUCAGAGUCUUCUUGUUUUUGGACUUAUAGGCUCAAUAUGUAGCAUCGUUGCUCUUAUUCUUGUAAGUAGUUUAUUUUUUCAAUCUUCAAAAGCAAUUAACCGAUUAACUGUAGAUAGUGACAUUCUGUUUAAAAGUGGAUGA